AUGUCAGCGAGAGCCUCCGGGUCUCGGGGCCGCUUCGUCCGCUGGGUGGUCACUGUCCUGGCGGGGCUGGGCACCUCUGCGGCCACCUCGGACUUCCACCUGGCGGGAGACUACGUUCUUGGGGGGCUCUUCGCCCUCCACGCUAAUAUGAAGGCAACCGCACCUCUGGAUCAUUUAUCAGUGCCUAGGUGUAAAAACUCUGAAGUCAGGGUGGUGGGCUACAACCUCCUGCAAGCCAUGCGCUUUGCGGUGGAGGAGAUCAACAACCACAGCAGCCUGCUGCCGGGCAUCACCCUUGGCUACGAGAUUCUGGACGUCUGCUACAUCACCAACAACAUCCAGCCUGCCUUCUACUUGCUAUCCAACAACGAUUACCUCCUGCCCAUCCUACACAGCUACCAUGACUACCAGCCUCGGGUCGUGGCGGUCAUUGGACCCGGCACCUCGGAAGCCGCCGUCACCAUGGGUGAUCUUUUCUCCCUCUUCUUCAUCCCACAGAUCGCCUACAGCGCCAGCAGCCAGCAGCUGCGGAACCCAAACCGCUUCUCCAACAUCUUCCGCACCAACCCCCACGGGCCGUCCCAGGUGGAGGCCAUGAUCCACCUGCUCGUCCACUUUGGCUGGAACUGGGUCAUCGUCAUCCUGAGCAGCGACGACUACGGGCAGGAGAGCGGCCGGCUCAUCAGCGACCGGCUGCCCAAGGACAUCUGCAUCGCCUUCCAGGAGUUCCUACCGCGCCCCUCCCAGCCGGACCGACGGCAGCUGGAGAACGUCGUGAGGAGGAUCAAGGAGAGCACGGCCAGGGUGGUGAUGGUGAUGUCCCCCGACAUGGUGCUCCGCGGCUUCUUCCGCGAGGUGGUGCGGCAGAACCUGACGUCCACCGUGUGGAUCGCCUCCGAGUCCUGGGCCGUCGACCCCAUCCUCUACAGCCUCCCUUUCAUCCACCGGGCCGGCACCUUCCUGGGAGUGACCACCCAGAGCGUCAACAUCUCCAGCUUCCACAGUUUCCGGAUCAGGCGGACCAGGGAGGGGCCGGAGCCGGCCAACAGGACCGCCUCAGGCGAGACCUGCAACCAGGAGUGCGAGGCCUGCCUGGGCACCAUCCAGGCCCUGGACGACCUCCUGACCCGAUCCGGGGAGCGCUUGGUGUACAACGUAUACAGCGGGGUGUACGUCGUGGCUCACGCCUUGCACCGCCUGCUCGCCUGCAACCUUACUAGCUGUCGCAAGAAGGUGGUGUACCCCUGGCAGCUGCUGAAGCAAGUGGGCCAAGUCAACUUCAGCCUCCUGGGCCACCAGAUCUCCUUCGACAGAUACGGCGAUCCUAUCAUGGACCUUGAGAUCAUCCAGUGGCAGUGGAACAGCGGCAAGAGCUCCUUCCGCAGCGUGGCCCUGUAUCGCUCGGAGGAGAGGAGGCUGCGGAGCCUGGGCUGGGACAUUACCUGGCACACUCCCAACAAUGCAAUUCCAUUCUCAAUCUGCUCCAAUAAAUGUGGCCGGGGGCAGUGGAAGAAGCCAGUAGGGGUACAUUCCUGCUGCUUUGAAUGCAAGUCCUGUGAGGCUGGGACCUACUUCAAUGAAUCAGAGGAAUUCGGGUGCCUCAACUGCCCAGAGACCCAGUGGUCCCUUCCCCGGAGCACGGAGUGCUUCCAAAGGAGGUUGGUGUUUCUGGACUGGCACGAGGGGCCCACCAUCGUCCUGAUCGUCUUCGCCACCCUGGGCUUCCUGAGCACCCUGGCCAUCGUGGCCAUCUUCGGGCUCCACCUCCAGACUCCCAUGGUGAGGUCCGCGGGCGGGAAGAUGUGCUUCCUCAUGCUGGCUCCGCUGGCCGUCGGCUUCGCCUUCAUUCCGGUGCACAUCGGGAAGCCGACGGAGUUCAUGUGCCUGUGCCGGCAGACCGUGUUCACCCUCUGCUUCACCGUCUGCAUCGCCUGCAUUGCCGUCAGGUCUUUCCAGAUCGUCUGCAUCUUCAAGAUGGCCAGGAAGUGGCCCCGGGCUUAUCACUGCUGGCUCAAGUACCACGGGCCCUACGUCUUCGUGGCCCUGUUCACCACCCUGAAGGUCGUCAUCAUUGCCACCAACGUCAUCGCCAGCAACUACGCCCCCACCACCCGGCUGGACCCCGAGGACGCCAACGUGAUGAUCCUGACUUGCGAUCCCAACUACAAACACGCCUUGCUGUCCAACACCGGCCUGGAUCUGGUGCUCUCCGUCGUGGGCUUCCUCUUCGCGUACAUGGGCAAGGAACUUCCGACCAACUACAACGAGGCGAAAUUCAUCACCCUCAGCAUGACCUUCUAUUUCACCUCGUCCGUGUCCCUCUGCACCUUCAUGUCGGUAUACGAGGGGGUCCUGGUGACCAUUUUUGAUGCGGCCGUGACGGUGGUUAAUCUCCUGGGGAUUAGUUUGGGCUAUUUUGCUCCCAAAUGCUACAUGAUCCUCUUCCACCCAGAGCGCAACACGUCUUCCUACUUUCAGAAUAUGAUCCAGGGUUACACAAUGAGGCAGGACUAG